AUGCGUUUCUCUAUUGCCGCUCUCGCUCUCGGUGCCGCUGGUGCCAUGGCCGGUGUUGUCACCGAGACUCUCACUGAGUACACCACCUACUGCCCGGAGGCCACCUCCAUUGUGCACGGAAGCCAGACCUACAGCAUUGCCACCCCCGGCUACAUCACCAUGACCCACGGUCCCUACACCGUGACUCGUCCCGUUUCGACCUCCACCGUGACUGAGUGCAAGUCCUGCUCCGCCGCCGCCGCCGUGACCGCCCCCGUGGUUGCCAGCAGCGUUCCCCUCAUCCCCGUCGCCCCCACCGUCGCCACCUCCACCCCUCUGGUCCCCAGCGCCGGCUCCACUGGCGUGCCCAGCUCUCCCAGCUCUCCCUCCAGCGCUGCCACCCCCUCCCAGCCCGCCUUCAACGCCGGUGCCAUCAACGCCGCUACCGGUGCUGGUGCCGGUCUGGCCGCUGUCUUCGGUGUCGUUGCCCUCAUGCUGUAA